AUGAUGAACGCUGCAGCGAACUUGGCAGAGAGGGUGCUUGGUCACACGAACACGGACUGUAAGACGGAAGGUGAGGUGAGUGCGACUGAGAGCAUGUUGGCGUGCACGUGGCAGGGCAAGAGUAAGUUGGAGAUGCGGGAGGUACCACGUCCGACCAUAACUGACGACGAGGACGCCAUCAUCCGAACCACUGGCUCGACGGUCUGCGGCUCCGAUUUGCACUUGUUCAAAGGCGACAUGGUUAGCAUGAAGACGAAUGACAUCAUGGGACACGAGUGCAUGGGCAUCGUCGAAGACAUCGGCCCUGCCGUCACGACAGUCAAAAAAGGCGACCGAGUCGUCCUUGCUUUCAACGUGGCCUGCGGCAAAUGUGAAUACUGCAACAAACAACUUUACACCGCCUGCGACAAUACCAACAACAGCCGGGUAAUGGAGAAGCUGUAUGGCCACAAAACAGCGGGCAUCCUUGGCUACUCGCAUAUGUUGGCGGGGUAUCCGGGUUGCCAAGCGGAGUAUGUGCGCGCGUUGUACGCGAACACGAAUUUGUUGAAGGUUCCGGACCAGAUGACGGACGAGCAGGCCUUGUUGCUGGCGGAUAUUGUGCCGACAUCGUACCACGCCGUGUCAGACACGGGUGUGCAGGAGGGUGACGUCGUGGGUGUGUGGGGAUGCGGGCCGAUCGGGAUGUUAGUGGUACAGUGGUUGGUGAAUGUGUUCAAGGCGUCUCGUGUGAUCGUGAUUGACAGCGUACAGGACCGGCUGGAUUUGGUGAAAGAACGUUUUGAUGUGGAGACGAUAAAUUUUGAGAAGACGAAGAACGUGGUUGCGGCGAUCCAAGAGUUGACGGCGAAAGAUCAGGGAGAGCGUCUAUCGGUUGCGUCGUCUCCGAACGCUCCGGAGGAUAUCGAUAUCGGUAAGUCCGUAGACAUCGAGGGUUCGAAGCCUGAGGUUGAGGGCGAGAAAGAGGGGGAAGGGGAGGAGAGUAAGACGGGGGCAGGAUUGAAGAGUAGCGAUAGCAAAGGACUCAGGAGUAGCGAGAGCAAAGGUGAUGGCAAGGGUGAGAAGAAGACGGAGUAUAUCAACGGCGGUUUAGACCGAGCGAUAGACUGUGGCGCGUUCCGUUACACGAAGGGCAUAAUGCAUAAGUUGGAACGUGCGUUGGCCUUCGAGACGGAUUCUUCGGAAGUGAUCAAUGAGAUGAUUCGCGCCACCAAAAAGUUCGGCACCAUUGGCCUUAUCGCGGAUUACGUGGGUUACUGCAACCAUCUGCUCAUCGGCGGCAUCAUGGAAAAAGGCAUCCGGAUGGUAGGCUGCGGACAGGCACCCAUCCAGCGAUAUUGGACCACCUGUAUCGAACACAUAAUGAGUGGCCGCUUUGAUCCAACCGUUGUAUACUCACAUCGCGCGAGUCUCGAACAAACACCACUUGUCUACAAGCUAUUCGACAACAAACAAAUGUGGAAGGUCUUCCUCGAGACCAAAGCCUCCAAUCCUCCCACGCCAGGACUUCCCACCCUUCGUGUACUAAGUGAAUCCAAGUCCGCCAAAGUAGACGCUACAGCCAAACCAAGCUCAUCCAAGUCACUCAAACCUUCCAAGAGCCACGGAGCUGAUACCGGAGACCACAAGAAGAACAUCAAGAAGGCUCACACUAUUGGCACGACAAAAAAGAAGUCCAAAAGCUCCGCCAACGACGGCACUGCAUCACCCGCCACCGAACAGGAACCCAACAACUAA